CAAAAGCGUCUGCGGUCUGCGACUCCGCCCCUACACUGUAAAACAAAUUUACCAGAAAAAAAUCAUAUUUACAAGGCGCUAAAGUGCAUCCAUUGAAAUACAGAGGUAACGUUAAUAGUUGAAACAAGUGAGAUUUACAGCGAACGUAUGUAUUGUCCGCCUCGUUACGCAUUUUACCUUUGUGCUUGUUGUUGAGUGAGUGCUACUAAGAAUUCGGGAAAUCGUGAGUCGACUGCAGAGUGCACGUGCGUCUUCUUUAUCAUGGAGGAUUAGUUGUGUCCCAGGAUCUCCUCAGCACUGUUGACAUAUACUUUAAGAAGUGCAUUAUUUAACAGUCAAUUUACACGAGGUGUGAUCAAAACUCGAUACAGACUACUCCCCGACCGCAGUACAACUCUGUUUAAAGAUUAAGAGAAAUUGUGUACAGGAAACGCAUCUGAACUUCACUACAGAAGCCAACAUGAAGAAACUACUUUUGGAUGUUGACUCUGGGGUGGAUGAUGCUCAGGCUAUUAUGAUGGCUUUGGCAGUGCCAGAUGUACAGAUCCUGGGCAUCACCUGCGUUCAUGGAAACACUGAAGUAGAUAAUGUGUGCAAGAAUGUCCUGCGCAUCCUGAAAGUUUGUAAGCGUCUGGAGAUUCCUGUAUUCCGUGGAGCAGUUAAAUCGCUCUUGGGUCAGACCAGCAGUGCUGGAGAGUUCCAUGGGAAAGAUGGACUUGGAGAUGCCCCAGACCCCAACGCUCCUGGUUUGGAUCUCAUCCAGGCAGAGGGGGCCGUGUCAGCCAUGAUUCGAAUAGUCAAUGAGAAUCCUGGGGAGGUAUCUCUAGUGGCCACGGCUCCAUUGACCAAUCUGGCUUUGGCAGUGAAACUUGACCCCUCAAUCGGCCAGAAACUCAAAGGGCUUUACAUUAUGGGUGGAAACACAGAUUCUCAUGGGAACACCACUAUGUGUGGAGAAUUCAACUUUGCAACUGAUCCAGAAGCAGCUUACAUUGUUCUAAAUGAAUUCCUUUGCCAAACGUACAUUGCAACCUGGGAGUUCACCUGUCGAAGUAAAAUACCCUGGGACUUCUGUGAUGGCUGGCUGGCCCAGGACACCGAUAAGGCUCGGUUCAUGAAGCAGAUCUUUAAGCACAGCAUGGAGAACAGCCACAGUGAGAGGAUGGAGAAAGAACUGGUGGAAGGGCAGGGCUUCAUCUCCUGUGAUUCUUAUGCCAUGGCAGCAGCCAUAGAUGACAAAUACAUUGUUGAAACUGACCAUAAAGCCGUAACGGUAGAGCUCGCAGGCAACUAUUGCAGAGGAAUGAUGGUUGUAGAUCAUCUUGAGCUUAUGAAGAAAGCUCACAAAGUCCAAAUCAUGAAGAAGGUGGACUUGGAGAAGUUUAAAAUGCUCAUGAUGAAUGCUUUAAAAUAACUGUUAAUUUGUACAUUAGUAGCAUCAUGGCCAUACAUGUCAUUUUACUACUGUAUUUUUGUAAUCAUGGCCUAGGCACUACAUUUUUUAAAAAUAAUGUAAUAAAUGGAUAAGAUUGUCUUG